UCCUCUUCAAAUAUCGCUAAUUGGACGACUGUGCCGCAUAAAUUGUGACUGUUUUAUUGAGUAGGACACGAUUUUCCACCGAAUUUUCACUCUUUCGUUUUACCUCUCUUGCAGAAUGCCCACAUGACUGUGAUAGAAGCGCUGAUGGUGUUGUACGCUAAAGAAGUGGCUUCCAGUGGACGAAUUUCCAGUGCAUUAGAAAGAAUAUCUGGCCGCAGUGUGUCGCAAGGCGCUCAGCAUCACGAAGCUGCCUUACUGAGCUGGAUUUCGCACGUUUGCAGUGCGCUGAAAAGGCGCAUCGACUACGAGCUCACCAACGGAGUCGGAGGAAGUGGAGGUGCCGGCAGCCCCGCAGUCGAUGAAUACGGUCAACGGCUGCAGAGUCCGACGAUUGCACCGGUACGGGACUUCCGGGAGCUGUGCGAUGGAGUCUGUUUAGCCUACCUAAUAUCGUACUACUGUCCCAAACUAGUUCCUUGGCAUAGUGUCAAAUUUAAUCACGUACCAACGAUCGAGGUGAGUAGCCUUCUUUUGAAUAUGUGACUUUGAAAUCUCAUUUGCAUCGGAAGAAGAAAAACAAGACAGGUUCAGCCACGCUGCAGAUUUCGAUGCAAAUAAGUAGGGGAUGGUGGGGGAGUUGUUGACGUGAAGCUUUUUUUAAGAAUGAUUGUUGAAUAUAUUGUAAUCCGUUGAAAUACUUACACUUUCCGUAUAAUGUGUAAUUAGCUGAAACUGUUUUAAAGUGCACCGGAGAGAGAACCUUUUGAAGAAUCCGUGAACAUUCUUGACUAUGUGUUAUUUUAUCUAUAAACAUAGAUAUGUUAACUUUAGUGGUUUUUUGAGGCACGACGAAUAAAGGUUAUGCUUAUCCAGCCUCUAGAAAUUUCGUUAGAUCAAGUGGUAAGUUCAAUGCAUAUUCGUUAUCUCCAAGGGCUGCCUUUAGUAUGAGUCAUCAAAUCUACAAGCGUAACUGGAGAUCUCUCGAUAUAUUGCGAAUAAGGUUUAUAGUCACAUAGGUUCACACAUUCAUGUUCAAACAAUCCUUCCUUUGGUACCCCUGAAACUUCUCUAUUUUGGAACCCUUGGAGUUCCUUUGAAACUUCCAUUUAGACCCUCGGACUCUUGAAGCUUUCCAUACACUGACUGAAUGUUGAUAGCAUGUUUCUGAACUGAGAGAAUAUCAACUGAAUGCAACAUUUUCCAAGUGAGUGUUCCCAUCCCUGGUCUUAGAAGAGGUUUCAG